AUGGAGGAAGAAACGAGCAUCGGCCUUCUGAUCCAAGUUUCUCUCCCUCUGCUCCUGUUCGCCUCACCUCCGGGCUCCAAAUCACGCAUGACACUCGGCGGAGGAACAAACGCGGCAUUUGCUCCACAAAUUGACUACAUGACCCACGUUUUUGCACCCGUUGCCAAGAAAUUCGGGGUCAACUUUGACAUCCGAGUGGAACGACGAGGCUAUUACCCACGCGGCGGUGGGUUGGUGUCAGUGGAGGUACCUUCGAUCCCUGUGUUGAAAUGUGUGAAUCUUACGGACAUGGGCUCGGUUUUGAGGAUCCGGGGAAUGAGCUUUGUUGCUGGUGCUUUACCCCUGAAGGCUGCCCAUGAAAUUGCGGAUUACGCCACGAGGGCUUUACGAAGACAUUUUCCGCCUGAUGUGCCAAUAGAUAUUCAUAGGUACAAAGAAGCGCCGAGGUUCGCAGUUGGAACAGGAUCUGGAAUAACUUUGUAUGCUGAGACGUCAACUGGAAUGACUUUUGGAGGAUCUUGUUUGGGGGAUCGCUCGAAAAGGAACAAUGUGAUCGGCGAAGAAGCUGCGGAAGAAUUGACGGAAGCGUUUUUGGCCAAAGCUUGCCUCGACAAAUGGGCACAAGAUCAGGUGAUAUUAUUCAUGGCUCUCGCCCGCGGAAAAUCGGUCAUUCGCUCCACAAGCCUCACUUUACACACGAAGACUGCCAUUUUUGUUGCGGAAAAAUUCACGGGGAUGGGUUUGCUACCAUCUUCGGUUGAAGUGAGCAUCGAGAUCCUGUUGGACAGAAUCGACUGUCCGGGUCUCCGGUUGCCGCACAAGGAAAUGACUUACAUGAGAAUCUAUUUGUUUGACGUGGAUGUAAGGACUGGUCAGGCUCCUCCGUAUCUUCCAAUCAUCUUCCAAGAACAGUUCAAAUUUUCAAAGAAAUUUUAUGCCAUGAAAGACUGGACGGAGUUGGAAGUGAUGCUCAGGUUCCAGGCCUUGAAUGUGGAGUUGCUUCAGCGGCAAAUUGGAGGAUACUCAAAGAUCCUUGCCGAAUAUCAGGGUAAUGCUUGGGAUGUACUCGUGGCAUGUAACCAUGACCCUGUUGACAGUCCAGUGACCUCUGAAGGAAGGGCCAGACUUGUCAUGAAACCAACGGUCCAUAUGCCAACAACGAUUGCCCCAGAGUGCCACGUGAGGUUCAUGGUCUGCACCAUUGGAUGGACUCCACCGUGGAGGCCCUAUGGUGCAACUGUGGGGGACAAGCCGAGCAAGUCCCGAAGGCUCGGCGACUCGUUACCAAAGGUGUCUUGGAGCAGUAUGGAGAGUCUCGCAGGAAGGAACAAAAGUCGGGGCUCUGCAGGCAUGGGAGAUCAAGUUACCAGAGGAGCCAUUGUGUCUGCUGAGAUAGACGUCCUCAAGGUUUGUUGCAAAAGCAUGCGUUACCGUCCCUCCGGCAGAGUGUACAUCCAAGUGACCUACCUGGGCCAAGCCGCCUCCACGGUGCCCAAACUGCCG